AUGUCUCUUAGUUUUGGCGUUUUUUUACGAACACAAAAAGUCACCAAACGACUUGUGAAAACCACAAACAUACGAGGUGUGUUACAGAGGUGCGCGUACACAUAUACAUCUAAAAUGCGACUGUUGGCGCACAACAUGCUCGCGUGCAACGUAAAAGGCGUGGUAAACGGGUACCCGCUGACCAUUCACGCGACAAAAAUAGAAACAAACGAGAGUGAAUUUAACGGGAAUUUCAUCGUCCACAUGCUCGGGAAGUUGGAUUGGGGGGCGUUUUUGAAAGCGUGCAAAGAGGUGAACGCGAGCGAGGAUUUACCGGAGGAGAUUCCCUCGCGCGAUGCGUUUGGAACUGAGGAAGAGCAAUACGAGAUGUUUUUGAGGAAAGUGCACCACGCGUUGUUGGAAGUGACCGUGGUGGAAGGGCACUUGGAAUGUCCGGAGAGUGGGAGGAAGUUUCCGAUUGAAAAUACCAUUCCGAAUAUGCUUUUGAACGAAGACGAGGUUUAA